UUAUUAUAUGCCGGGAGCCAGUACGAUAAAUCGAUAAUACAAAUAAUUAAUGAUAAUUAAAAAUCGUACAAUAUUUGGUGAAUAACUUCAUUUAUUAUACGGAAUAAGAAGUUCGGUAUUACAAAAAUUGUACAAUAAUGUAUAAUAAUGAGUAAAUAUGGGUCACGUGUCGUGCCGGGCCGUGCUCGGCCGUGCCACGUGCCGUGCCGACGGGUCGUGCCGGCGUGCUAGCCCACGUUCCAACCACCUUGCCGCCCGUCGUGCCGUGUGCCGUGCCAAAACUGGGUUUUUUGUUCACGACACGACCCACGGCCCACAGGUGGGUCGCCAUGUCGUGCCGCGCCGGUGGUGGUACCAUGCCGGCAUCAUGCCGGGCCCGUGCCGCCCGCGUGCAGGCACGACCCGUGCCCACCUUUAAGUGGGAUACAAUAGAUUAUGUCAUUGAUUUCACAAAUCCUAUCUAUGACAUGUUUAGAUAUUGUGACACCGAUAAACCAUGUCUCCACUUAGUAUAUGAGAUGUGGGAUUCUAUGAUUGAGAAGGUGAAGAUUACAAUUUUCAAGUAUGACGAGUUACCACGUACGGGUACUAGUAAGUUUUUUUGAUGUGGUAUAUGAAAUCUUAUUUGCUCGGUGGACAAAGAGCAACACUCCUCUUCACUGUCUAGCCCACUCUUUGAUUCCAAGAUUUUACAGCGAUGAAUGGCUAGUUAAGGAUUCUUCUAGAGUUGCUCCUCAUAGUGAUGGCGAAAUAUCUCGUGAAAGAAUGAGGUGCUUUCGUAGGUUAUUUCCUCUCGGUGAUGAUAUUAGCAAAGCAAUGGAUGAAUACGCACUAUUUUCUAUGAAAAUUGGGCCUUUUGAGGAUCUAACCAUUAUGUCAAAGAUGGCCACUAUGGAACCUAAGAGUUGGUGGGCAAAUUUUGGUGCAGAAACUCCUCUCCUUCAAACUUUAGCUUUUAAGUUACUUGGGCAGUCCUCUUCUUGUUGUGAGCGGAAUUGGAGUACAUACAACUUCAUUCACUCACUUUGAAGGAACAAAUUAAAUCCUAGUCGUGCAUGAGAUUUGGUUUACAUUCACUACAAUCUUCGUCUUAUAUCAAGGAAUAGUGCACAAUAUGAGGAAGAGUUUGCGGACCUCUCUCUUGAUGAGCCGGAUCAGGAAAGAAAUUUGAUCGCGGAAGAUUAAAUUUAUCGCUUAUAUUUAUGUUUUUAAGAAUUUCAGCACUUUACGACAUUAAAUUCCGUAGUAUUUCUUCUAAGUUGUGUUGUAUGGAUUUUUUUUUUAAUGGAUUUAUAUUUUGCUGAAUUUUUUUUUGCCGUACCCGUUUUUUGAAAAAAAAAAAAUUGCCGUAUCACGUCCCUGUAUCCGUACCCGUUUUUGUCCCCGUAUCCGUAUUAGUGCAACCUAGGCUGCUAGAAC